CAAAAAUGUAAAUAGUGCUGAGGGCGAGAAACCCUGCUAUAAAAAUGAAAGAAGUUUGGUCUAUAGGGUUGUUUGGAUUUAGACAAGACAUUGCCCCAGUAGUGGUGGUAGAAAUAAGAGGAACCCGGUGCUUUUGCAAAGCCCAUAUCUGGGGUGGCUUAAAUAAUCUCUCCUCUCCCCGCCCCCCGACCUGAUCUUUGUAGUUGGAAACUCCAGGGCUGGCUGCCUGGAGUCUUUGUGACUCUACACUUCCGGCCACCCAUCACUUCAUCUCAGAAGACUCGAGAUUAGGAUCACUCCAUACCAUCAAGAAAGUUGAUGCUAUUGGGUCCAUCUCAAGCUGAUCUUGGCACCUCUCAUGCUCUACUCUCUUCAACCAGACCUCUACAUUCCAUUCUGGAAGAAGACUAAAAAUGAUGUUUCCAGUGUGGACACUGAAGAGACAAAUUCUUAUCCUUUUUAACAUAAUCCUAAUUUCCAAACUCCUUGGGGCUAGAUGGUUUCCUAAAACUCUGCCCUGUGAUGUCACUCUGGAUGUUUCAAAGAACCAUGUGAUCGUGGACUGCACAGACAAGCAUUUGACAGAAAUUCCUGGAGGUAUUCCCACCAACACUACGAACCUCACCCUCACCAUAAACCACAUACCAGACAUCUCCCCAGCGUCCUUUCACAGACUGGUCCAUUUGGUAGAGAUCGAUUUCAGAUGCAACUGUGUACCUAUUCGAUUGGGGUCAAAAAGCAACAUGUGCCCCAGGAGGCUGCAGAUUAAACCCAGAAGCUUUAGUGGACUCACUUAUUUAAAAUCCCUUUACCUGGAUGGAAACCAGCUUCUAGAGAUACCGCAGGGCCUUCCACCCAGCUUACAGCUUCUCAGCCUUGAGGCCAACAACAUCUUUUCCAUCAGAAAAGAGAAUCUAACAGAACUGGCCAACAUAGAAAUACUCUACCUGGGCCAAAACUGUUAUUAUCGAAAUCCUUGUUAUGUUUCAUAUUCAAUAGAAAAAGAUGCCUUCCUAAACUUGACAAAGUUAAAAGUGCUCUCCCUGAAAGAUAACAAUGUCACAACCGUCCCUACUGUUUUGCCAUCUACUUUAACAGAACUAUAUCUCUACAACAACAUGAUUGCAGAAAUCCAAGAAGAUGAUUUUAAUAACCUCAACCAAUUACAAAUUCUUGACCUAAGUGGAAAUUGCCCUCGUUGUUAUAAUGCCCCAUUUCCUUGUACGCCAUGUAAAAAUAAUUCUCCCCUACAGAUCCCUGUAAAUGCUUUUGAUGCGCUGACAGAAUUAAAAGUUUUACGUCUACACAGUAACUCUCUUCAGCAUGUGCCCCCAAGAUGGUUUAAGAACAUCAACAAUCUCCAGGAACUAGAUCUGUCCCAAAACUUCUUGGCCAAAGAAAUUGGGGAUGCCAAAUUUCUGCAUUUUCUCCCCAACCUCAUCCAAUUGGAUCUGUCUUUCAAUUUUGAACUUCAGGUCUAUCGUGCAUCUAUGAAUCUAUCACAAGCAUUUUCUUCACUGAAAAGCCUGAAAAUUCUGCGGAUCAGAGGAUAUGUCUUCAAAGAGCUGAAAAGCUUUAACCUCUCUCCAUUACAUAAUCUUCAAAAUCUUGAAGUUCUUGAUCUUGGUACUAACUUUAUAAAAAUUGCUAACCUCAGCAUGUUUAAACAAUUUAAAAGAUUGAAAGUCAUAGAUCUUUCAGUGAAUAAAAUAUCACCUUCAGGAGAUUCAAGUGAAGUUGGCUUCUGCUCAAAUGCCAGAACUUCUGUAGAAAGUUAUGAACCCCAGGUCCUGGAACAAUUAUAUUAUUUCAGAUAUGAUAAGUAUGCAAGGAGUUGCAGGUUCAAAAACAAAGAGGCUUCUUUCACUUCUGUUAAUGAAAGCUGCUACAAGUAUGGGCAGACCUUGGAUCUAAGUAAAAAUAGUAUAUUUUUUAUCAAGUCCUCUGAUUUUCAGCAUCUUUCUUUCCUCAAAUGCCUGAAUUUGUCAGGAAAUCUCAUUAGCCAAACUCUUAAUGGCAGUGAAUUCCAACCUUUAGCAGAGCUGAGAUAUUUGGACUUCUCCAACAACCGGCUUGAUUUACUCCAUUCAACAGCAUUUGAAGAGCUUCGCAAAUUGGAAGUUCUGGAUAUAAGCAGUAAUAGCCAUUAUUUUCAAUCAGAAGGAAUUACUCAUAUGCUAAACUUUACCAAGAACCUAAAGGUUCUGCAGAAACUGAUGAUGAACGACAAUGACAUCUCUUCCUCAACCAGCAGGACCAUGGAGAGUGAGUCUCUUAGAACUCUGGAAUUCAGAGGAAAUCACUUAGAUGUUUUAUGGAGAGAUGGUGAUAACAGAUACUUACAAUUAUUCAAGAAUCUGCUAAAAUUAGAGGAAUUAGACAUCUCUAAAAAUUCCCUAAGUUUCUUGCCUUCUGGAGUUUUUGAUGGUAUGCCUCCAAAUCUAAAGAAUCUCUCUUUGGCCAAAAAUGGGCUCAAAUCUUUCAUUUGGGAAAAACUCCGUUAUCUAAAGAACCUUGAAACUUUGGACCUCAGCCACAACCAACUGACGACUGUCCCUGCGAGAUUAUCCAACUGUUCCAGAAGCCUCAAGAAUCUGAUUCUUAAGAAUAAUCAAAUCAGGAGUCUGACGAAGUAUUUUCUACAAGAUGCCUUCCAGUUGCGAUAUCUGGAUCUCAGCUCAAAUAAAAUCCAGAUGAUCCAAAAGACCAGCUUCCCAGAAAAUGUCCUCAACAAUCUGAAGAUGUUGCUUUUACAUCAUAAUCGGUUUUUGUGCACCUGUGAUGCUGUGUGGUUUGUCUGGUGGGUUAACCAUACGGAGGUGACUAUUCCUUACCUGGCCACAGACGUGACUUGCGUGGGGCCAGGAGCACACAAGGGCCAGAGUGUGAUCUCCCUGGAUCUGUAUACCUGUGAGUUAGAUCUGACUAACCUGAUUCUGUUCUCACUUUCCAUAUCUGUAUCUCUCUUUCUCAUGGUGAUGAUGACAGCAAGUCACCUCUAUUUCUGGGAUGUGUGGUAUAUUUACCAUUUCUGUAAGGCCAAGAUAAAGGGGUAUCAGCGUCUAAUAUCACCAGACUGUUGCUAUGAUGCUUUCAUUGUGUAUGACACUAAAGACCCAGCUGUGACAGAGUGGGUUUUGGCUGAGCUGGUGGCCAAACUGGAAGACCCAAGAGAGAAACAUUUUAAUUUAUGUCUCGAGGAAAGGGACUGGUUACCAGGGCAGCCAGUUCUGGAAAACCUUUCCCAGAGCAUACAGCUUAGCAAAAAGACAGUGUUUGUGAUGACAGACAAGUAUGCAAAGACCGAAAAUUUUAAGAUAGCAUUUUACUUGUCCCAUCAGAGGCUCAUGGAUGAAAAAGUUGAUGUGAUUAUCUUGAUAUUUCUUGAGAAGCCCUUUCAGAAGUCCAAGUUCCUCCAGCUCCGGAAAAGACUCUGUGGGAGUUCUGUCCUUGAGUGGCCAACAAACCCGCAGGCUCACCCAUACUUCUGGCAGUGUCUAAAGAACGCCCUGGCCACAGACAAUCACGUGGCCUAUAGUCAGGUGUUCAAGGAAACGGUCUAGCCCUUCUUUGCAAAACACGACUGCCUAGCUUACCAAGGAGAUGCCUGGUGGUUUAAAUUGUUUUCAUGUAUGUCACACCAAAAGCGUGUUUUGAAAUUCUUCAAGAAAUGAGAUUGCCCAUAUUUCGGGGGAGUCACCAACAUCUGUCACAGGAGUUGGAAAGAUGGAAUUUAUAUAAUGCAUUGAGUCUUCUUUCCUAUGUCUCUGUGUCUCUAUUUGCACUUAAGUCUCUCCCCUCAGCUCUUGUAUAAAAUACUGUUGGGAAAGGAGUGCCAAGUAAAAAACACAGGGCUCUGAUGCUCCUGUAAUUGUGAUGAUUAAAUAUACACACAAUCAUGACAUUGAGAAGAACUGCAUUUCUACCCUUAAAAAGUACUGGUAUAUACAGUAAUAGGGUUAAAAAAAAGCUCAAGCUCUGUCUAUAUGAGACCAAAAUGUACUAGAGUUAGUUUAGUGAAAUAAAAACCCAGUCAACUGGCUGGGCACGGUGGCUCAUGCUUGUAAUCCCAGCACUUUGGGAGGCCGAGGCGGGUGGAUCACGAGAUCAGGAGUUCAAGACCAGUCUGGCCAACACGGUGAAACCCUGUCUCUACUAAAAAUACAAAAAUUAGCUGGGCGUGGUGGCAGGUGCCUAUAAUCCCAGCUACUUGGGAGGCUGAGGCAGGAGAAUUGCUUGAACCUGGGAGGCGGAGGUGGCAGUGAGCCAAGAUUGUGCCACUGCACUCCAGCCUGGGCGACAGAGCUAGACUCUGUCUCAAAAAACAAACAAACAAACAAAACCCAGUCAACUUCUUAACCAAUUGCUUCUGUGUCAUCCAGGGCCCCGUUCUGUGCAGAUCGAGUGUGGGCACCACACAGGUGGUUGCUGCUUCAGUGCUUCCUGCUCUUUUCCCUUGGGCCUGCUCCUGGCUUCCAUAGGGAAACAGUGAGAAAGAAAGACACAUCCUUACCAUAAACGGAUAUGGUCCACCUACAAAUGGAAAAAUAUUUAAAUGAUCUGCCUUUAUACAAAGUGAUAUUCUCUACCUUUGAUAAUUUACCUGCUUAAAUGUUUUUAUCUGCACUGCAAAGUACGGUAUCCAAAGUAAAAUUUCCUCAUCCAAUAUCUUUCAAACUGUUUUGUUAACUAAUGCCAUAUAUUUGUAAAUACCUGCACGCUUGAUACAGCAAUGUUAGAUGGUUUUGACGGUAAGCCCUAAAGGAAGACUCCGAGAGUGUGUAUUUAUCUAUACUUUUAUCGGAGAUGACAAUUAUUUGAAUGCCAAUUAUAUGGAUUCCUUUCAUUUUUUGCUGGGGGAUGGGAGAAGAAACCAAAGUUUAUAGACCUUCACAUUGAGAAAGCUUCAGUUUUGAACUUCAACUAUCAGAUUCAAAAACAACAGAAAACAACAGAAAGAACCAAGACAUUCUUAAGACGCAUGUACUUUCAACUGGGUAUAAAUUCAUGAGUUCAAAGAUUGAAACCUGACCAAUUGGCUUUAUUUCAUGGAAGAAGUGAUCUACAAUGGUGUUUGUGCCAUUUGGAAAACAGCGUGCAUGUGUUCAAGCCUUUGAUUGAAGACAUCAUAUUUUCCUCAUAUGUGGCAGUGCCAAAGGCUUUACUUUACCUGUGAGUACACACUAAAUGAAUUAUUUCCAAAGGACAUUUAAUCAGUAAGGGUCACAAAUUCCCAAAUUAAUCUCUGGAAUAAAUAGAGAGGUAAUUGAAUUGCUGGAGUCAACUGUUUCACAACUUCUGUAAGCUUUAUUGUGUUUCAUAGUUUCUGUUCUUCUUCCAUGAGAACAAGGAUAAUGGCAUUAAAAAAUCAGCUUUUCGCCAUUAUAAAUUGUCUUCUAUUGAAACACAUAAAUACAUAAAAUCACUUGAAGACAACUUAAACACUUUCUGAAAUGGAUCAAGAGGAAGGGAAAAUGAAAAUAAUGCAACUCAGAAACCACAGAGUAUUUUGACAUGAGGUUAAGUACGGUGGUUUGUUAUAGGAAAAUAACAGCACACUAACAGAUGGUUUUUAUCGGAAUUCUUUGGUAAUCUUGACAUGUCAUACUUUUAACUUUCUGAGGGCCCUCAGUGCAGCUUUGUAGGACUGGAGCUGUUCAUAGAUGGUCCCCACAAAGCUCUGAAUGUGGGGCUUCUCUGCUGACUGGCCUCUGGUUGGCUCCACCCCAGAAGGGACUCUCAGAUUUUCCAUGAAUUCUGCUUCCACCAUCAAGUGUUGGUUCAAGCCCCUUUCAACCUUGACUUGGCCAGGGAGUGUCCUUUCUCUUCAGAUAGAUACUACACCUUAGCAAGACUUGGUAUUUUUAGAAUCCAAGCCAAGAGAGGCACUUGGCAGGGCAAAUGUUAUGGAUGAGAAAAAGGCAAAACAUGUGUCUGCAGUUUGUAGAGGAGAGAGGAUGAGUCUGAUUGUAGCCCCGACCCUGAGUCAGGAUCUCUCGGCCCCAUUUGCAGGUCUACUUCCAGCUCCAUCUGUCUGGACACUCUUUUAGGUCCAGAUCAUCUCUUACAUGUGACCAAGGAAUAUAGAGUAUGCAAGGGGAUGUGGCGACCUGAGAGUGUGGGUAACUUGUGCCCAUCUCCAAGGAAGCUGUGAUGGGGAUAGCAAGGACACACACUCUUCUUAUUUAUAAUGCCUUUCCACCUCCCAUAAGAUAUGCUUUUUAUUUACUUCCUGCUUCUCAUCCUAACUCGGGUGAACAAGAGGACCAGGUUGUACAUCCUGCUAGUUAUUUAUGGCCCAAUUUUAACAUGGGGGUGGAGUUGAGGUUGGAAUUGUUCCUCCGCCUCUGCUGCACAUGCUCAGUAAGCAGGAACACUAUUCAUGGGAAAGGCUUAGUCACAGAUAGUGGGAGCACAUCCCUCCUUGGAGCUUCGGGUCGCUGUGCUCUAGAAGCAGUUAGUUAUAGCACAUGCUGCUCCUGGCAUCUACUGGAAGGUGAAGCCCUUGACCCUAAGAAACACUGGGAAUGAUUUGUACCCUCCACAGUCCAAUAGCUACGUGGGAGGGAAACGAUCAAAGAACAUGAUUGAGGGGACUCCAACAGAGAUGUGCUUCAGACAACACCAAGACAAAGAUUAAUCCAUUUCACCAAGUUAACAAUAUACUGAAGGCGAACAAGAGAACCCACCUGCCAACCAACGCUAUGAAGAAGGAGGGUUAAAAAGAAAAUAAGUCCCAGACUCAUAAGAUGGUGUGGAAAGGGCCCUGGUGACAUAGGGGCCACCCACGCCAGUGAGAAUGAAAUCACAAUAGGGCAGUUUCACACUGUUUCAGGUUUUUUUUUUUCUUCUUCUUCUUUCCCUCCUUUCUUCUUUUGCCUCCCCCUCCCUCUCAGUUUCCUUUUUGGCUCUAGACACCCACGGCAAGUGUCAAGCUAUGUACAAGAAUGAAAAGAAGACAGCCGUUGUUGCAGGUGGAUGCUUCUGUUUGGAAGGUGUGGUUUUGUGUGCACUUUUGGUUGGAAACCUAUGUCUCUCUCACACACAUGUCCCCCACCUGCUUCAGUGAGCAUGAUCUUCUAAAAUUGGCUCCGUGGAAUCUUCCCUAGGUGACACUGGCUGGACUCUCUGCCACAUUCAAAUUCACUCUUUCUACUUAUCUCAACUUUCAAGCACUAAUUCAGUCUUUAAGAUUCCCCUAAUCUCAGGUUGUAAUUCAUUUCUAACAUGUUUGUCAUGACGUCAGUGGUUGCAUGUCUUCAUAUGUUUAUCACUGCCCCCUCUUGGGGAUUUAUAUUAAUUAAACGUUUUGGAAAAGCUCA